AAGCAAGCUCAUGAAAAGGUAGGCUAUACGCAUUUGGAACUUCGGGAAGUCGACGACAUGAAUCUCAGGGAUGGAAAUUGCACUGCUCUUUUUAAUAGAUGGUGCAUUCAUGGUGCAUCAGUCUAAUGGACAUAACUCAAAAAAAUGACUAUGACUUCACUGUCUGAAAAUUUAGUGGCUUCUGACCCGUCAAAAUCGGCAUUUCUGGAGUUCAAUCACGGCUACCAGUCUCACCAACAGCAUUCCCCUGGUGUGUCUCACGCGCUCUAUCCGGUGCACGGUUUGCAUCAAGGGGCGCAUCCGCAGUACGAUGCGACCUUCUCAUCUGGAGCUGCUUCGUACGGCCGUUCGCUCAGUUACCACUGCAGCGCCCAUCACCAGCCCGGAGCUUACCUACCGUAUCAGCACAACAGUGCAGUUGGCCAUUCAAGAGUAGAGGAUGCAGAUUCCGAGAAGCUAAGUUCCAUCGAAAGUGGAGAAAUACGCUUGAACGGAAAGGGGAAGAAGAUUCGCAAACCCCGAACCAUCUACUCGAGCUUCCAGCUGCAGGCGCUCAACCAGCGCUUCCAGCAGACCCAGUAUCUCGCGCUCCCUGAACGCGCUGACCUGGCUGCCAAACUGGGUCUGACGCAAACACAGGUAAAGAUAUGGUUCCAGAACAAACGUUCAAAGUACAAAAAGAUAAUGAAGCAUGGCUCAAGCGGACCAGAUGGAGAACUCCUUCAAGCAGUUUCAGCCUCUGGACCAUCAUGUUCUCCAGGAAUGCCACCCCUGUGGGACGUUUCCAUGUCAACCAAGGGUGCUCCCAUCCACUCUGGAGGAUAUAUGAACUCUUUUGGACACUGGUACCCUGGUCAUCAUCAAGACGCAAUGCCAAGAGCUCAGAUGAUGUGACUGGAUUUAUAGAACAAUCUACAGUUCAAUUCCUGAUUUAUUCCUGAUCAAUUACUGAUUCUCACCAGUACACUCUGAUUCAGAUUAAGCCAGACUGCUUUCAGCAUGGUUUACUCAAAGUCAGGAUUUCAUCAAGUUCCUCCUCUUCAUGAAGAUAUACAUUGCUGACCAAAUUAUUUUUUGGCUUGCAGAUUUUAAAAAAAACACUGGCAGUAUAACUGCCUGAUUGCUCUCUCUUUCUCUGAACUUGUAUUUUGUAAGCUCUUGUAAAUUUCAAUAAAAUGCAUUGUCCGUUUGCCUCCUGGUUUUCUGGUUGUACCAUCUAUCAAAUAUUCCAAAGCCUGCAACUUCAGGUGCUUAAGAAUUGUAUUCUUCUUGACUGUUUAUCUGUAUGUUGCAUAUCAUUUUUCCAAUUUUCACUGAAUUAGAGGUAGGCCAAUAUAUCUGUUUAUGAUUAAUCAGUGCUGAUAGUUGCUUUUUGGAAUUAUUGGUUAUUUUCAAAAAUCUAUGAAUCCUAUGAAUAUUUUGUAUUCCUCCAUGUUCCUCUGUCUGUGGUAGGUGCUGGAGGAUUCGAGUUAGAAUAGCUUGGUUCUACAGCAUAACAUGGAAAUCUUUCAUCAUUGACAUCAUUUACUCAUAUUUUCAUAUUCAAUUAAAUGCAUAUUAUGUGAUUUUGAUUAGAUAAUUAAAUGUAGUAAAUUGAAAUGAGGGCAAAAGAAUUUCCCCAUUCAGUAAAUGCACCAAAUCUUCAUUUUUCCCUGGUUAUUAUUGGGAUGAUGUUUGACUAAUACACCGCAUCUAGGAUUUUAUUUACUUUGGACUCUUGUAUCAUCUAUGUCUGUACCCGUCACAGUAUGAAAAGAUUAACAUAUUUUUUGGACACCAGUUUUAUCAGCUUUUCCCACCACCUUUAUUAUCCAGUAUGGUCGACCUCUACACUGAAUGUGGUUACAUGUGUGAAUGAAGUUCUCAUAAUGAUUGAUAGAGAAAAUGACAUGCUUUAGAAAGACACACAUUGAAAUCAGUUGAAUUCCUUCUUUGU